UUUGGUUUUUCAACGCGCAACGAGCGAACGCGUCUAACUCAAAGCGCCGUUUGACCGCCCGUUCGAUCACACGACCACCGACCCACCAAACGUUCUCGGCGACCGAUAAUAAAUUGAUACGCGCAACAGUCAAUGCUUUAUUCGUAACAGUGCGCCCAGCGCGUUGUGUCCCAAAUCGUGCCUCUUCUUCUUACAUGGUGCAUACGUAAUAUAUAUACAUAUAUACUUGUGAUUUGUUUCCGUGUUUCAUAUAUACAAAAUCAAAUAUAUAAAUAUUUAUAUAAAUUAUUACAAAUGAAGUGAUAAGAGAUCGUAACUAAAUAAACAGACGUUGAAAUGAUUAAUAAAGUGACUAAAUCUUUGCAAUAGAAAAAGGCCGCCGCAAAGCAGGCUCAGCGAAUUGGUGCAAUCAUCGCCGCAACACUGCCGUUGGCGCAAAUUAUGACAAAACAUAUACAGACAUCACAAACAAACAUACAUUUCAAACAGCUACCAGAAAAGUGGCAAACAUUUAAGCGCACACAAACACACACAUGCGAGUAUGUCGUAGAUGCAUGUGAGUAAGCGUUUCGUAAACUAACGAAAAUCAAGCGUGAUAGUGACAACAACAACAAUACUAAGCAGCUCAAGAGUCACCAGCGCAGAAGUCGCGUUUUAGAGUGCAAUCGUUGCAAACAAGACAAGCAACAACAACAAUAUCAACCACAAAACAAUAACCGCUAACGGCAUAACAACAAACACCUUCCCCACAAAGCCAAAAGCCAGCAACUAGGAUGGAUUCGACAACAGAUACCGGCUGCAGCGACUCGUACAACAGUUACGGUAAAUCACACUCCAGCGACACCUCGCUCAGCUACGGCAGCGACAUAAAUGCGAUCAGUGUGGAUUUGGGCGAUGGUGAUAAUAUCUCAUGCAGUGGCCUAAAGUACCUGCCAACUUGGCCGGCGAUUAAUUUGGAAUUUCGGGACUUGAGCUACGAGGUCUACGAUGUACACACGAAGGCACGGAAACCGCUGCUGCGCGGCAUUAACGGACAGUUUCGUGCGCACGAGCUAACCGCCAUUCUGGGCCCGUCGGGAGCGGGGAAAACGACGCUACUCAACCUACUGGCCGGCUAUGGCGCUAGGAAAACAUCCGGUGAAAUUUGCGUCAAUCACAGCCCGCGCGAUAUGAGAGUUUUCCGCAAAAUGUCACGCUACAUCAUGCAAAACGAUGUGCUGGAUCCACAUUUCACGGUGCUGGAGGCGAUGCUGCUGGCCGCGCACCUAAAACUGGGCAAUGACUUGAGCCACGCGCAGAAGUUGGAAGUGAUCGAUGAGAUACUACGCAUGUUGGGUUUGAAGAAAGUGCAAAACACCAUCACGUUGCGUCUGUCCGGCGGCGAAAAGAAGCGCUUGUGCAUCGCACUGGAGCUGGUGAAUAAUCCACCGGUGAUAUUUCUCGACGAGCCUACCACCGGUCUCGAUGAUAUCUCAAGUUCACAAUGCAUCUCUCUGCUGCGCGGUAUUGCGCAUCGCACAGGACGUACCGUUAUUUGUUCAGUCCACACGCCAUCCGCCAAAGUCUUCGAUAUGUUCGAUAAGGUCUACAUAUUAGCCAAGGGACAGUGUAUUUAUCAGGGUUCGGGCGCCAACAUCGUGCCUUAUAUGAAGCAUAUUGGUCUCACAUGUCCGCGUACUUAUAAUCCGGCCGACUUUAUCAUUGAGGUUGCCUGUCAAGAAUAUGGUACGCACUAUCAUGAGCCAAUGGUCGAAGCUGUUGAAAAUGGUAAGGUCUAUCGCUGGACGCCACAUCGGGAGCACAGACAAAUUAAAGCGGACGCAACGAACAAAUCAGACACAACGUCCGGUGCCUCGUCCUUCGAUGAGUUGGAGCAGUUCGAGGAGGAAAUCAACCCGAAAUUGUUGAAGCAGAAAGCAUCUUGGUGGAUGCAAUAUAAACUGCUGCUGGCGCGUAUGAUGGUGCAGAUGUGGCGCGAUAAGUCCUAUAUAAAGCUACGAUUCUAUAUGAACAUCGUUCUGGCGUUGAUUAUUGGUAGCAUCUACAGGGGUGUGGGCGACGAUGCCUCAAAAGCCUUCUUUAAUUUCGGUUUCGCUUUCACGAUAAUUAUUGCCUAUUUAUAUCUGCCAAUGAUGCCAGUAUUAUUACAAUUUCCGACCGAGAUGAAAUUUCUAAAACGGGAGUACUUCAAUCAGUGGUAUCACCUGAGUUCAUAUUACGCCGCAAUGAUUUCCUCCAAAUUGCCUUUUAUGUUCGUGCUGGCCGUCAUCUACCUUAUUAUGGUCUAUAUUAUGUCCAGUCAGCCUUUGGAGCUUUUCCGUUUUUGCAUGCUCUUCCUGAUAGCUUUUUUAACCGCUAUGACAUCGGAAAGUUUGGGUCUCUUAAUAUCGUCACACCUUAGUCUGGUGAAUGCCAUGUUCAUGGGUCCUGUUGUCGCUGUACCGCUUAUACUACUCUCCUGUUAUGGCAUCGGUUAUGGCAAGGCGGUAUAUAUACACCCUUUAAUGCGCUACUUAAUGCAACUCAGCUACUUGCGUCACGGCAUGGAGGGUCUGGUCGCCGCUCUGUACGGUUACGAUCGUGAGGAUCUACAUUGUCCGGAAACUGAAGUGUUCUGUAUGUUUAAGAAGUCGAAAUUCUUGCUUAUGAUUCUCGGUUUCGAGAAUUUGAACUACGUCUUUUCGGUUGCCUGCCUCGUGCUGUUCUAUAUAAUAUUCACUCUCGCUGCCUACUUUAUGAUUCGUCAACGACUCUCACUCCGAACCUCAAACAAUGUGAUCGUGCAAUAUGCAAAGCAAUUCCUGGUGAAGCAUCUCAAUUUCUCUUCAUACAAUUACUAGCGGUGCUCGAGGGUAUAUUUUACAUAUUCGUAAAACAAACUUUUUGUACAAAGAGUAUUUAUUGUGACUUUUAACACUUAGUAUGGAAGGGAGCUUAGAAUUUUAAGAAAACUUUUGCAUCAUGUACUACUUAAAUAGAAUAGUCGUUUUGCCAUUAAAAACCCGAAGUAUCACCUUGUGAUCGUUUUAAAAUAGUUGUUAAGGUUAAGUGCUUAACCCGGUGGACUAAAGUGAUAUUAAAUUUAAGUGAUUGUAUAAACUUUACUAAUCAAUAAAGCAAAAUUUUGUAAUGUGAAAAAAG